GCUGUGGUACGGUCGAUUUUGAUCGUGAUUUUUUGCUCUUUUUCGCUGACGUAGGGACUCUGUCGUCGAAAAUGGGCGACGCUGCCGAUCUGCACCGGUGUCUGGCCUGCUCCCAAACCAUCUGCGGUCUCAAGACGUACGUGGCGCACCGGGAGGCGGGUGAGUGUGCCGGCUCCAGAUCAACUGCCGCCGGGUCUGGUUCAACCGUGACCGGGUCCGGGUCAGCUGCCGCUGGCUCCGGAUCAACUGCCGCCGAGUCCGGGUCAGCUGCGGCCGGAUCCGGGUCAGCUACCGCUGGCUCCGGAUCAACUGCCGCCGAGUCUGGGCCAGUUGCGGCCGGAUCCGGGUCAGCUACCGCUGGCUCCGGAUCAACUGCCGCCAAGUCCGGGUCAGCUACUGCCGGCUCCAAAUCAACUGCCGCUGGGUCCGGGUCAAGCGCGGCCGUGUCCGGGACAGCUAUUGCUGGCCCCAGAACAACUGCUGCCGAGUCCGGAUCAGCUAUCGCUGGCCCCAAAUCAACUACUGCCGCGGACGGGUCAGCCCCCACCGGGUCCGGAUCAGCUGCCGCCAGCCGCCACUCCUCCGGCGGCGAGUGCAGCUCAUCCUCUGCGAAGCGGAAGUCUCCUCCCGAUAAGCGCAGCUUGCCCUCCGCGAAGCGCGGCUGCGCUCUCGUGGAUUGUAACGCGCCGUCCGCAAACCUGAGUUCCGCUCCUGGAGAUGCGAAGUCAUCCGCCGCUGCCGGUGGCUCGUCCGUUGAGGACUGCCGGUUACGCGCUCAAGAUCACGGCGCCACGCCCGGGGGCUCCAAGCCAGCGGCCUCGCGCGGCAGCUCCGCCGUCUCCAGCUACUCCAAGCUCACUCACUCUGUUCCUGGUCCUUCCACUGCCAGCUCCAGGCCCUCCAACCUGUACACUGGGCCUCCCGCCGAGAGCAAGCCCCGUGUGCUUACGCCGACGCCCUCCACCGCGGCCUCCACCAGCCGGAACACCGUCUCUAAAUGUCUUUCGAAGUCGGCUGCCUCAAGUAAGCUUGCGUCGGCAACUGGCUCGAAAUCCGUCAUAUUGCUUCUUCGAAACCACAAAACGGGUGUCAGUAAGUCCCCUCCUGCAGAUCGCACGGCUCUCGCCACCUACUCCAAGGCAUCGACAUCGAAAAAUAACCGUCCCGCCUCCCCAGCAAGCUCCACGAUUUUUGUUCGCGGUCCGCCUGUCAGGAACACCGAGACCACCGCCUCGAAUUCCAGCAGCGCCGCACCCAGCCCCCCAUCCCCUAAGCGCACGAUCCGCAUCAUCCGCCGUCCUCCUGGUAGUGUUUCCAGCGUGCCGGGCUCUCAGUUUGUGACCUCCGGUGCCGGACCCGUGACCUCCUCCGCCGUCCCCCCGGCCGCCUCCUCCGCACCUCUCGUUUCUUCUGUGUCCUGCGCCCCCUCCACUACGGCCUCCAGUCCAGUGCCCGCUGCUUCACCCGGUGCCCGCCCGCCCAGGGUCACGCUCGGCUGCCGCUGCGAAGUCUGCGACCUCGACUUCAAAUCGCGCACCUCAUACAACGAGCACGUGGACCUGGCGCACCGGUCGGCGCUACAGCCGACCAGCAGCCGCGCCGCGCGCAAGCUCGACAAGCGCAAGGCUGGCCUGCAGGUACCGACGUGGGUGCGCGCGGCGCGGGCGGCCCGUCUUGUCGAGCCCGGGCCAGACGGCGAGGGCUUCGACGAAUUCGGCGCCGUGGAGGAGAUGCUGAACGUGGAGGCGCGGGCGCCGGCGGCGAGACGCGCGCGGCCGGCUGGCGCGGAGGAGCACGACGCGGAGGAGGCUGUGCCGCCAGAGUGUCCCCUCUGCGGCCCGGUGGAGGAGGCGAGCACCGCCGCGCACAUCUUCUCCCGGCCGCACGUGGCCGCGCACCGCGCCGCCCAGGCAGCGGCCAAGCAGCCGGACGCCGCGCAGCUGCUGGCUCUGACGCUGGAGGGCAUGAUGUCGGCACAGACGUUCGCGCCGUACCGCUGCCACCCGUGCCGCUUCUCCUGCAACCAGCUGGCCGACCUGCAGCGCCACACGGCCGCGCAGGGCCACUGGCUGCGCCGCUGCGACAAACGCUGCUCGCUCUGCGCCACGACCGUCUCGGGCCCGGAGCACUUCGACUCGGAGGUGCACCGGCGCUGGGCGGGGCGCGUCGCCAUCGUCUCGGGGGUGGCGUACAAGUGCGGCGAGUGCGGCGCCGCGUUCCCGCUGCUCUUCGCCGCGCGCCACAGCCUGUGUCAGUACGGCGGCAAUACGCGCCUCGGCCAGCUCCAGUGCCGCCUGUGCGGCUUCAGGAACAACCUCAAGGUGAACGUGCUAUUUCACGAGUCGAUCACCCAUCACCCGCCGCACACGGGCCGCAAGAAGACGGCGGGCGGCGGCGCGGCUGGCGGCGCGGCCGGCGGCGCGCGGCCCUCCAAGACGCUGCGCUACCUCUGCCCCCACUGCGACCUCUACUUCCGCAAGGCGUCGCUCAAGUCGCACCUGAUGAAGCACACCGGAGAGGCGCCCUUUCACUGCAUGUACUGCUCCAGGUACUUCUAUGUGGAGUCGGAGCGGGACCGGCACGAGGUGACGUCUCAUCGGCACUCGGUGCGCAUGCAUGUGACGCGCGUGCACCGCGACGAGCAGCGCACGUGCCCGGCCGACGGGUGCGACUACGCCGCCACGCACGCCAGCCUGAUGAACCGGCACAUCGCCGUGCGACACCCCGACUUCCGUCGCUUCCGGUGCACCCAGUGCGCCUUCUCGUGCAGCACGGCCGUCACGCUUGACACCCACGUGAACAUGCACAGUGGUCUGAAGCCGUACCAGUGUCCGCACUGCUCGUUCGCCACGCGGUUCCCACCGCACCUGAAGCGCCACCUGCGCAUCCACACGGGCGCCCGGCCCUACCCCUGCCCCUUCUGCGAGUACAAGGCCAACAACUUCGAGAACCUGCGCAAGCACGUGAUCACGACGCGCCGGCACCAGGGCCUGCGCGUCUACAUGUGCAAGUUCUGUCCGGAGGGCGCCCUGUUCGGCACCAACUACGCGCGUCAGUUCAAGCAGCACCUGCGUGAGAAGCACGCCGGCCAGUUCGAGACUGUCGGAGCGCUGGCCACCUACGUGGCCGGCCUGUACAACCGCGAGGAGGACAUCAUCCAGACGGACACGCCCAUCGACCACACCUACAAAAUACGAUGUUCCGGCUGA